AUGUUCAAGCAUCUUCUGGCCUCAUGCGCGCUGCUGGCUGCUCCCAUUGCCUCGCAGUCUAUUACUUCUAUUUAUGAUAUUUGGCAAACGACGUGGAAUCGUGAUGCGUUGUUCACUUACACUAAUCUUUCACCCAAUCCCAUUUCCUGGAAGACGCCCGCGGCCAUUGGGAAGGCCGAUAUCGUUGUGGAUGAUUCUACAAAGUACCAGACGAUGAUUGGUUUUGGUGCAUCCCUGACCGACUCUUCUGCACAGAUCUUGAGCAACCUCAAGUCCAAGAAUUCCCAGAAUUACUGGGACGUUCUAUCUCACACAUUCGAUGCUCAGGACGGCCACAAUGCUGCGGGAGUCUCCUACCUUCGCGUUCCACUUGGUGCAUCCGACUUCUCUCCAAAGGUCUAUAGCUUUGAUGAUGUCAGCGGAGAUACUGACCUUAGCAGUUUCAACAUCGAUAAUGCGCCAUCCGAUCUAUUUUCUGUUCUGAAUGAUAUUCAAAGCAUCAAUAGCAACGUGAAAAUCCAUACUGUCCCUUGGUCUCCGCCCGGAUGGAUGAAGGAUAGUGGAACCAUGACUGGAGGGUCGUUCCUCGAUCAGUACACAGAUGCUUACGCGAACUAUCUCUUAAAGUCUCUGCAAGGCUUCAAGUCGAAGGGCAUCAAUGUCUGGGCAGUUGGCAUCCAGAACGAGCCUGAGAACAGUAACCCUUCAUAUCCAACUUGUCGCAUCUCUGCCUCCCAAGAAGCGAAGAUUGGUCUUGCACUGAGAUCGUUGUUGGACAACAACGGUUUCUCGGAUGUCAUCCUCAUCGGAUAUGAGCACAAUUGGAAUGACGCUGCAGGCUAUCCCGAACAACUCAUGCAACAAGCAUCGAGCGCAUUUGAGGGCGUCGGUUUCCACUGCUACGCUGGAAACGUCAGCGAGCAGGCAACAUUUGAGAGCGCGUACCCGUCCAAGUCCGUCUACUUCACCGAGUGCACGAGUUUGUAUGGCAGUGACUGGUGGAGUGACAUCAAGUGGUACAUGGACAACAUCUACACCGGAUCCCCCAACCACGGUGCCAAGGCGGCAGCAAUGUGGAACCUUGCUCUCGACGGUGACGGUAAGCCGAUGCUUCCUGGAACGAAGAGCUGCGACCCGCCCUGCCGUCCAAUUAUCACGGUCAACAGCGACGGUAGCUAUGCCUACAAUCAGGAAUUCUACGCCAUGGCUCAGGCGUCCAAGGCCAUCCUUCCCAAGGACGCCGGUGGUCCGUUCGGUCAGCGCAUAAAAGUGACCGUCGGAGGGUCGUUGAGCUGGGGCUUAGUUGUUGCCGGUUAUGUUACUGAACGUACGAGCUCUUCCGAUUGGAAUCGGUAUAGUCUCGUCGUCCUCAACUGGAACGACCAACCAAGUGGCUCUUGGAAUCCUACACCCAUUCAGACUACUAUUGAAUUCCGCGGCUCUCAGGCUACAUAUACUUUUCCUGUCGGAGUGACAACCCUGAGCUGGUACGCUCCCGGCUGA